GGGCCGUGUCUAUUCUAUAACUGGUCCAAGUCAUUGACAAAGUUUUAGGUUAGGAGUUAGGAGUACGGAACUGCGGUUUUGCGGUGAAUUGAAAUUGUGUUUUAAAAUGAGCUGGUUUAGAAAACAUUUAUUCCAACAUGGGAAAACAAUAUGUUUGUUAUCUACUACAACGUUCAUAUAUACACCUCCUACCAAAAAUGAAAAUAAUGUAAAUGUUUCCAAGAAUGAGAAAAAGCCACAAGAUGGUUGGGAUCGUUUGGCCCCUUAUGUAUUCAAGAAAUGAAUUUGGAGAGCUCAGUAAUGAAUUAGCGGCAGUAACCAACGCUAGUACAAUACUUUUUCUAAUGAGUACAACCUACGGCGUUACUAAAUACACCAAAGAAGCUUACACAAAAUUUGUUGAAAACAAUCAAGCAUCUAAGUUUGCCAGCAUGUUUGAAGCAAAGAAAAAAUUACAAGAUCGUGUCAUGAUGGCUGCUUUUAAGGGCUUGUUCGAAUAUGGCAUCAAGUUGACUGCAUUCUCCACUUUCAUGUUACUUGGCACUACAUCGAUGAUGGUGUAUUCAGGGCAUUCUUCGGUGUUCCACUACGGCCUGGCUGGUCUAGUGUUCGGUAGCGUCUACAAAUGGAAGUUGGGCCCGAGAGGAAUGCUUGUAGGGGGCACUGUCGGUGGACUGCUAGGCUUAUUUGCGGGUGCUUCGACCAAUGGCCUCUUGUACAUGUUCGAUGCAUCGUUGGAUGACAUUAUAACUGCCAACUCUGAAAAUUACAAGAGGAAACAGAAGAGCGAAACCGAUAUGAAAGACAGGAUGAUAAGAGAAGACGCAGCUCCAGAUGCUCUGACUUUGAUUGAAGAACGUGACAUUUUAUCACAAACUUUGCCGCAGACUGAUGAAGAAUCAGGUAGUAGUGAAAAGUAGUGUGUAAAUAUAGUAUUACUCUGUUGUUAAUAAAUUGAUGUUUUUCAAAACA